AAUACAUUGACGUAAUACUUCUUUCUUCUUUAUAUAUGUGUCAGUAGAAAAGUCUGUGCAGAUCCAAAACUACUUCAACUUCGAUUUUGCAGUCUUCCACUUCCUUUUACCUUUCUCACUCCAUCUGCUCCUUCGCCUUCUCUCUCUCGAGAGAUUCACGUAACACAAAAAGAUUCGUUUCAAACUCUCCAUUGAAGAUAAUGGCGAAAACCAAUGGAGUCAUCCCGACGAUAGACUUGGGGGAGGUUUCAGACAAGAUCCUGAACCAGAAAAUCCGUGAAGCCAGCGAGAGAUGGGGAUGCUUCAGGGUGAUCAACCACGGAGUUCCGUUGUCUUUGAUGUCUGACAUGAAGAAAACCGUUAUGGAUCUCUUCGAACGUCCUUACGAGGUGAAAGUGCGUAACACCGAUGUGUUACUAGGGAGUGGUUACAGAGCUCCUAAUGAAAUCAAUCCUUAUUAUGAAGCGUUGGGUCUCUACGACAUGGCUUCUCCUCAAGCAGUUAACACCUUUUGUGACCAGCUCGAGGCUUCUGCUGAUCAAAGGGAGAUUAUGGUGAAGUAUGCGAAAGCUAUUGAUGGACUUGCAAAGGAUUUAGCAAGGAGGUUAGCAGAGAGCUAUGGCCUGGCCGAGACCAACUUCUUCAAAGGAUGGCCUAGCCAGUUCCGGAUCAACAAAUAUCAUUUCCAACCCGAAGCAGUCGGGAAGCUCGGCGUCCAGCUACACACUGAUUCAGGCUUCUUGACGAUUCUUCAAGACGACGAAAACGUUGGUGGGCUUGAAGCGAUGGACCAUUCUUCGGGAACGUUUUUUCCCAUAAGCCCGUUGCCAAACACGCUUGCUAUCAACCUCGGGGACAUGGCUACAAUAUGGAGCAAUGGGAGGUUGUGCAACGUGAAGCAUAGAGUGCAAUGCAACGAAGCAACGAAGAGGUUUUCUAUCGCUUCUUUUUUGUUAGGACCGAUGGAUACGGAUUUGGAGCCGCCAAGUGAGUUUGUGGAUGCUGAACAUCCGCGAAUGUACAAGGCUAUUAGUCACGACGGGGUACGGAAUAUUAGAAUGACUGCGAAGUUGCAUGAUGGAGAGGCUCUCAAGCUUAUAACCUAUGAAGAGUGAAAGACUUAAAUGACCUGAAGAACAUGUUAAGGGGGUUGCUAUAUAUGAAAACCGAAAAACUUUAGUAUUUUUGUUUAAGUUUUUCCUAAGAUCAAUAAAUAGAGAUGCAUCAUCUGUAUUAAUAUCUAUGGAUUUUCGCAAUAUAUAUGAAUAAUUUUCACAUUGACAUA